AUGGAAUCAGGUCAUAAUGAUGGUCUUGGCGUACAACGAGAAUACAUUGUAAAUGCAUUGGCAAACGAUGAAUCAUUGUUGAAUAAUUUCUUACAAUUUCGUCAACAACAACAAGCACAAUGUCGAAUUAAAAAAACAGGACACAAUGUAUCACCGUACUAUGAAAAGGUUUCGUCAAAUAAACCAUUAAUUCAUAAACAACUAAAUCAAUCUAAAAAGAUGCAAUCAAGACUACAAGUACAACAAGAUGCAUUAACGCCAAACAAGCGCAGAUUAAAUGAUAGUGCUGAAUCAGGAGGAUUACCAAUACCGAAACAACAACGAUCAGGUAAUGAACAAUUUCAAGAAAAUGAAAUAAUACUAGAUGCACCAGGUGAUAGUCAACAGGUGGAUACAACAUUAAAAUGCGUGAAGCAACACAAGAUUCCUUUCGAUCAAGUGAAACGGGCUGUUUCAAACAAUCUUUCAUGUUUCUAUAUGUCAUUUCAUCCUACAAAUACAGAUCAAAAAGUACCAUCAGCUUUUAAGGCAGCAGAUCAAGUUUUUGAAUAUCUAAAACAAAAAAACGUACAAAUUAAUCGAUUUAGUUUCGUAGGAUGGGCAGGAUCAAAGCUCAAAUUGGGAGUAAAUGACAAGGAAGACUAUAUUAAUCUUAUAUCAACCGAAGAAUGGCCUACUAGUAUAAUGAAUAUACCAAUAACAAUCGAAAAACCGAAGUUUAUUCCCGAUUCUUUUGAAUUAGUCAUCAGAUACGUACCACGCGGUAUGGAUUAUGAAUUUGUAAAAGAAGAAAUAUCACGAUCAAUCGCAUCAAUCAUAAAUCUAAAGAGGAUUCAUUAUUCAUAUAAUCGAAAAACAGAUGAUUAUCGCUUCCACGUUAAAGACUUACAAAAGUAUAACCGAGCGCCCGACAUGAGACGUAUAUCUAUUGGCAAUGUUAUGAUAUCAAUUACACAAUUUUUAGAAGGCAACAAAUUAACGUACUGUACUCGCUGCNUAAAAGAAAAAUAUUAUAAUUUCUGUAAUAAAUACUUGCUCUUCAUUGUUAUGUUGAGAAUUAUCUAA